AUGCAUGAUUGCAUGGGACACCCGUCUAAGCAAGUCCUGCGGCAAGCUAGGGAACACACCAAAGGUUUCCCCACCAAUCUGGAGUUUCCAUCGGAAGACCCAGUAUGCCCUGGAUGUGCGGAAGGCAAAAUGCCUAAUAAGGCUUUCCUGCCAUCCACUCUAUGGGCAAAAGAACUGCUUGAGUUUAUUCAUUCAGAUCUUAAGUCAUUUCCCAUAGACUCCUACCAUAAGUAUCGGUACACAAUCGUCUUCUUUGAUGACUACACCUCCUAUGGAUGGGUCAUGCAUAUGCGCUCCAAGGGUGCUGCAAUUGCUAAGACUCAUCAAUUCCUAGCCUACAUACAAAAUCAAUAUGGCAGGAAAAUU